AUGGGUUCCAGCACGAAAAAGAAGAAGGAGAAGCAGAAAGACUUCCAGAAACCGAAAUACAAAGUUGGGAAAGCAAAAGCCAAACCAUCAAAUUUCACAGACACAAGCUUCAAGUCCAAAGCGAUUGUAAUGGGACAUCAAUCCCUUUCAACAGAGGCCCCAGACUAUGUCCAGCAAUUCAAGCACAAUCUAUCUCUAGCAUCUUCGUCCAGGUCGGAUAAGCAGCGCCGAGAAGCACUGGCUUACCUGACCAGUCAGCUGUCGACCCAACCACCUAGCAACCCCGUCGGCACCGUUGCUCUUCUCAAGAAGCUUCUCCCUUUGAUUUCUGACAGCUCCACACCAGUGCGGUCUCAGCUCCUUAAACUGCUUCGCGUGCUUCCCCCGGACGAGGUCAGACACGGAACAGAGCACGCGUCAAUGUAUAUUCGAGCAGGAAUGACGCACUUGUCCGCCGAUAUAAGCAACGACUCACUCGUUGCCAUGGAGUGGCUUCUGGAGGUUGCGGGAUCGGAUCUCGUAAAUAGCCCCGGAGGAUGGGUCAAAACCCUGAGCGCAUUUUGCGCCAUGAUGGGCUGGGCCGUCUCCUCUUCCAGUGCGGGCUGGACUUCUGCAGCAAGAAUGACUACCAAGCCCAAAGAUGCUCAGACUCUGGCACGGCAAAUCGCGGCUCUCUCAAACUUCCUUCAGGCAGGAUUCGAAGACGAAUCCUCCGUGGAAAACGGACAUGUUUCGAUGUACUGGGACUCUUUAUACAGAAUACCCCGGGCACCAAACGCUUUUGGGUAUCUCAACCUGUCAAGCGCUCGGCGCGAUGAAGAACGAGAGAUGUAUUCAAGUAAAGAAAUGCGUCAACAAGUUUUUUAUGAAAAAUUCCAGCAAGUCAUAUGCAAAGGUCUGGACAAAGCAAAGAACGAGGGAGGCGCAACAGGCCGCUCAGCUUCGACGUUGGAGCACGUUUUAAACGACGCAAUGGCGCACUUUGAACCCUCCAUAGCCAUGGAUACACGGGAUCUGCUUGAUCUAUGGUGA